CCGAAUGUAUGAAUAAAUGGAUGAAAUGAAAGAACAAUCAAUCGCAACACAGUGACAAUUGGAUGGAAAACAUGAAAUUCGGUUGCCAAUUGCUAUUGGGACAAUAACAAUAGCCGCACACAUUGUGGUCGAAAAUCAGUCAAUCAAAUCCAAUAUGAUUUGGGCUAUAAAUACAUUGAUCACUACAUCACCGAAGAACAGUCAUUCCACGGAUUUGCGAUCGAUGAAAACGUAGUUAUCAUAUAUAUUCCACAUGCACAUAAAAAUCGAUCAGGUGUUUUGAAUUCAGUGAGCAACACAUUACCGCUUUGAAUGAUGGCGAGACGUGAACUUAUUGUGGUUUGUGUUAUAUUUCUGACCAGCGUGAUAACAAGAAUACAGUGCUUUGUGCCCGGGUACUCGUUUGCCAAAUUUAUGGGACCGGUGAGCGGAGCUGAGCAAAAAGUAAUGUAUGAUGACGGAAAGUAUCACAAGGAUUACGACUAUGUGGCGAAGCCCGACUAUCACUUUGAGUAUGGUGUUGCGGAUCCCAAGUCGAAGGUGCAUCAAAGCCGACAAGAGACACGCAACGGUGACACCGUUCACGGGCAAUACAGUGUUUUAGACCCAGAUGGCAAAUUUCGAACGGUUAGAUAUACCGCCGAUAAGAAGACCGGUUUUCAUGCGGACAUCAUAACAGACGGUCAUACUGUACAUCAUCCACAAGAUCCAGUUAAACCAGUCUAUCAAGAUCCAGUGCAUCCUUAUGUACCACAUGUCCCGCAAGCGCCUCAAACGCCACAAGUGCCGCAAGAACAUGAAGGCUCUGAUGAUGAUGGUGGCGGCGAAGAAGAUGAAUAUGUUGAAGGAGACGAACAAGAAGAGGGUGGCUAUGAUGAGGAGGGCGACGGAGAGGAGGAAUAUAUUGAUAGCAGAGGCGAAGGAGGUGAAGGGGGCGACGACGAAGAAGAAGACGAGUACUAUUGAUAGAGUCGACGCUUCUGAGCAUAUCCACACAAAAAAACUGAACCAGAAAAGGAGAUUAUUAAAGAUUUAAAGUUAGUUUAUUGAAAAAAAAAAAACAGAUAUUAAACUAUUUAAAUUGACUGGAUUUGGUUGGAUGUUGUUUAUUUUACUGUG